AUUCCCCGCCCUCUUUCCGUAUCAACGCACAGCAGUUACACAGGGAGGGGACUAUGGGACUCUUUUUGCAAAUUGCUAGAGUUUGACACCCCAUUCGUCAAACGCUCACAGCUGACCCACUGGCAAAAGCACUGGAGGAGAAGUAACGUAGGACGGAGUAGUAGGAUGCUCUCACAAAAUUGGAGGACGGCUACAGGAGCUCAGAGAGAUAUGGAGUUCAGGGAUCUAACGGACAGGGCCGGACUCUGGUAUGAAAACUUCAUGAAGAAUGCAGACCCCAGGACAGAGGACUGGUUUCUCAUGUCAUCGCCGCUCCCCCAAACCAUAAUAAUCGUGGCGUACAUCUACUUUGUCACCCGGCUGGGGCCCAGACUCAUGGAGAACCGCAAGGCUUUCCAACUCAAAGAAAUUCUCAUUUUCUACAACUUCAGCGUGGUCGCCUUGUCCCUCUACAUGUGCUAUGAGUAUGUGAUGUCGGGCUGGGGGACGGGCUACACGUUCCACUGCGACCUAGUGGACUACUCGGACUCGCCGCAGGCAUUGAGGAUGGCUGGGACCUGUUGGCUCUACUACUUCUCAAAGUUCAUAGAGAUGUUGGACACAAUCUUCUUUGUUCUGAGGAAGAAGAACAGUCAGGUUACGUUCCUCCAUGUCUAUCAUCACUCUAUCAUGCCCUUUACCUGGUGGUUUGGGGUCCGGUUCGCUCCAGGUGGCCAGGGGACAUUCCAUGCCCUGUUGAACUGUGUGGUCCAUGUCAUCAUGUACUCCUACUACGGCCUGUCUGCCCUGGGCCCCGCCUACCAGAAGUACCUCUGGUGGAAGAAGUACCUCACCACCAUUCAGCUGAUCCAGUUUGUGAUCGUUACCACCCACAUCUGGCAGUACUUCUUCAUGAAGGACUGUCCCUACCAGUUCCCCAUCUUCAUCUACAUAAUUGGCCUCUAUGGCCUGGUCUUCCUCCUCCUCUUCCUCAACUUCUGGUACCACGCCUACACCAAGGGCAAGAGGCUUCCCAAGGUACUUCAGGCCAAAACCUGGGCCCACCCCUACAACAAAACCAACGGCGAAAUAACCAACGGGAAUGGUUUCCACUGUGACAAGGAUAAGUGACAGGAGAUCAGUCAAUCAGGCUCAGGAUCAAGGGUCGAUCUCAUUUGAAUAUGAGCCUAUUCAUGAACUGAAAUUAGACAUGGAAUUUAGAAUUUAGAGUACUGGGGUGUAUUCACUAGGAACCAAACGGAUAGGUACCUACGUGAAUUUGUCUACUAGAAAUGGUCUUUUUCCAUUUGGCGUAAACGGUUUCCAUUGUAACAUUUUUUUGUACUAUUGAUUUCAUCCCAGGUUAGGUAUGCAGGAGUUUUGUUUUCCAGUAUAAAAGUCAGUGCACUAUUAUUGAACUCAAAGAGAAUUGACCCCUCACCUUUGGACCUUCUGAUAUUUUCUUUUCUCUCUGCUACAGCAAUCUCUCAGAGUUAUGAACCAAAGCUCUACUGGACUUUUUGUAUUAGAUAUUUUAAACUUUUAUACCUGUGCUUUUCUUUCCUGUUCAGGGUGAAAGCACAAGUUGAGUGUUUUAAA